GAUCCAAAUCCUCUUCCCAAGUUUGUAUUAGUCAGUGUCAGGGACAUUCUGAAACGGCAACGUUUUCUGCUCUCCUUCGCUUGCACGCCGGCGUGAGAUCCGUUCUGCCACCGGCGAUCUCACCUCCACCGGCGCUUCUCGCCCUCAAAUCGAUUCUGCGUCUUUUAUUUGCCAAAUUCUGCCUAUCAUUCAUUCUGUAACACAGGUUCGCUACACUCAGCUUAUGCUGGUAAGACCUGUGCUGCAAGAGGUCGAUUGCAUCGGGUGAAGGGGAUACUGGUGGAAUGAUGGACACUCACGCGGAAGAUUCUGUUAGACCUGAGGAGCAUUUUCCUGAUGAGGAUCAUCAUUACGAAGAUGGAAGCAAUGGAAAUAUUGUAUUGGAAAAUGGAUUGUCUGAUGGUAAUCAAGGUCCUGCUGAUACUGACGAUCAGCUUCUAGAAAUGGUUAUGGACCUCAGGUUUCAGAAUGACUACUUAAAGUCCCAGUUUGAGGGAUUGAAAAUUGUAAACAGUGUACAUAGUGAUUCUAGUAUACAGAAAGGAGUUGGUGGCUUAGAAGAUGGGGAUUCUGACAUUGUGAAAGAACUAAAGGAAAAAAUACUAUUGUUGAAUAAAGAAUUUCUGGAAGAAAAGCAAACAAGAAUUGCAUCAGAGGAGGCUUUGAAGCAUCUUCAAGUGGCAUACUCAGAGGCAGAAGCAAAGGGCCAGGAGCUCUCUGAAAAGCUUGCAGAAGCUCAAACGAAGUUGGACCAAGAAAUAAAAGAGCGUGAUGAGAAGUAUUCUGAACUUGACUCCAAGUUUAAUAGGCUUCACAAGCGAGCAAAACAGCGUAUUCAAGAAAUUCAAAAGGAAAAAGAUGAUAUCGAGGCCCGUUUCUCUGAGGUGAAUGAAAUUGCAGAGCGAGCAUCAUCCCAACAGUUAGCAAUGCAACAAGAAUUAGAGCGUACCAGGAAGCAAGCAAAUGAGGCAUUGAAAGCCAUGGAUGGUGAUAGACAACAACUAAGAAGUGCAAACAACAAUCUUCGAGAUACCAUUGAAGAUUUAAAGCGUUCAUUGCAACCUAAAGAGAGUGCUCUUGAAGCAUUGCAACAAUCACUUGCAGAAAAGGAACAGAUGUUGGAGGAUAUGAGAGGGUUGCUUCAGGCUGCUGAAGAAAAAAGGCAAGCUGCACUAGUUGAGCUCUCUGCUAAGCACCAAAAGAAUAUAGAGAGUUUGGAGGCUCAACUUAAUGAUGCAUUGUCUGACAGAAGUAAGGCAGCUGAGUCUAUUUCUUCACUGCAGGUUCUAGUUGCAGAAAAAGAAUCCAGAAUUGCAGAGAUGGAAGCAGCAUCAACCGGGGAAGCAGCACGACUCAGAGCGGUGGUGGAAAGUGUGAAAGGGGAGCUUUCUCACCUAAAAGAGGAGCAUGAAAAAGAAAGGGAAAGCUGGGAGACUGCUUCACAAGCACUCAAAGCAAAACUCGACAUUGCAGAGAGCAACUGCAUACAUGCAGAAGUUGAAGUAGCCAAAAUAAGAAGUCAGCUAGAAUCAGAGGUAUCUGCCCAAACAAGGAUCCUCAAUAUGAGAGAUGUGGAAUUGUUGGCUGCUAAAGAAGAGAUCCGCUCUCUAGAAAAGGAAUUUUCUUCAUACAAAGUUCGUGCACAUGCACUUCUUCAAAAGAAAGAUGCUGAACUGGUGGCUGCUAAAGAUUCUGAACAACUCAGAGCUCUAGAGGAAACUCUGAAAGAGGUUGAAAAUGAAGUCUUAUCAAUAACAGAAGAAAGGGAUAAAGUUCUUCAAGAUCUUCAAUCCGCUAUGGCUAAUCAUGAGAAGGAACUUGCAGAAAGAGACACAACCCUUGAAAAUGUCAAGCAACAGAUAAGGAGCUUGGAAAUAAAGCUUGACUCAGUUAAUGCUCAGCACCUAAAAGAGAAAGAGGAAUGGGGACUAAGUCUUCAAAAUGUAGAAGAAACAUGGAGAAUCAAAUGUGAGGCAAUUAAGGCUGAAAAUGAAGCAACUGCCACAAAAGAUAAGCAAAAGGAAUUGGAAGAGCUCAAACAACGAUUUAAAAAACUGAAGGAAGAGCACACUUCAUUUCAUGAUCUUGCUGAUAGGACGAUUGAGGAGAAAGAUUAUGAAAUAUCCAGACUUUUAGAUGAAAAUAAAAACCUUCGCCAGUCUCUUCAAUCAAGACCACUAGUCGAUCAAAAUGAUUCUUACACAACAGCCUCACAUAAAUUGGAUUCAACAAAUUUAAGCCCCUCUGCUGCAGAACAGCAAAUUCUGCUUUUGGCUAGACAACAAGCGCAAAGAGAGGAGGAGUUAGCACAGUCACAGCGUCAUAUUUUAGCUCUUCAAGAAGAAAUUGAAGAGCUUGAACAUGAGAAUCGUCUCCACAACCAACAGCUCUUCCACUGGCCAUCACCAGUUCAGGUUGCUGACCACAAGAUCAGAUUCACUCCCCAAACUCUGGCCAAACCCCCCUGGUUUCAUCUCAUCUGAACUUGGAUACCAUAUGCUCAUGCAAUUACUCCAACACAAUUUCCAUCUGCAUUGUCACUAUUUUCCAUGUAACAGUGCAUCCAGUCACUGUUUUCCUUACUUUUUGCAGUGCUGACCUUGUCUCUGUUAAAUUGGGCGCAUACUACUAGGCUAAAAAUUAUAUCUAAUAGUCAAGGUGCAACUUUUAUAUUGAAGAGUGUAACAAUCCAAAUACUACGAUUCAAUUGUGACCUAGCUUACUUAGUCUCUGUUGCAGGACAAUUGAUGUACCCUGUAAAAAAUCUUUCCCUCAACAAUUGUUUUGUUAGGAAGCUAACUGUUUAAUUGUGGCUUGGUCCACUUUGUCUUCAUCCCAGGACAAUUGAUGCAACCUAUAAUAAUCUCCCCCUUAAUAAUUUCCCCACUUGAAAUUUAAUUCGUGACCUUAGCUUUUAUACUAAUUGUUGGAUCAAAUGCUUAUCACUAAGCAAAAAACUGUAGUUAAAGUAAGAAGGUAUGUCUUUCUACAAAAGAGGGUAACUUAGUCCACUUGAUCUCUGUCAUGGGAUAAUUGAGUCAACCUGCAAUAGUGCCAUUGUUGUCCCCAAUAUAUCCUCUUUACAUUUUCAGUGCUGUUUGGUGUCAUCUUCUCUCUGUUGUCAUAUCCAGUUGCAUUCUGGCCUUAUCUUUAUUGUCCUUGGUCUUGAUCUCACGUACAAUAUUGUUUUUUGAUAACCAUGUUAUUGGAACUAGAUAUUUACCAAUUUUUUUGAUAACUAAUCUCUAACACAAUCUAAUCUCAUUGAUUCUUGUCCUAAAUGCAACCUGACCAGUGUUUGCCGUAGACAUGGCUUCAGCCGUGUUCUCUGGUCCUAGACACUAUUGCCCAUCCAGUCUUCAGUCCCAAAAACCCACCUAUUCUCAUUGUUUUGGUGGAUCUGAUAUCAUCCUAGAGAGCUGGUUGGAAUGUUACAUGACAAAGGCAGAAAUUCAUC